AUGGCUUCCAAUGUACACUUGACGGAUGAUGAGUAUGAUGAAGUUUUUGUUGAUGAUGGGCCUGAUAAUUAUGAUGGUACCGAAGAACCUAAGGAAGAUGAUGGUGUCGAGGAACCAAUAGUUGGAAGGACUUUUUCUAGUGAGGAAGAAGUCCGGUCUUAUUAUAUGAGAUAUGCUAAACAGAAAGGGUUCGGGGUCCGUAGAAGGAAUUCUAGACAGCGCGAAGAUGAGCGGGUUAGAUGGUUCACAUUGGUAUGUGCGCGGCAAGGCACAGCAAAGAGUCAGGCUUCCAAUAUACUCAAGCCAAGACAAAUAGAGAGGGUAGGGUGUAAAGCAAGAAUUAAUGCAGUUUUGAAUGAAGAUGGCGGAUAUACCUUGUCUAGUGUAAUAUUGGAUCACACACAUUAUGUCAGUCCAGGGAAAGCAAGACACUUUAGAUGCUUCAAGAAGGUAGAUGCUCGUGUGGCUAAGAGGCUGGAAAUAAAUGAUGAAGCUGGAAUACGUACGUCAAAAACUUUCCAGAGUGUAAUUGUUGAAGCAGGGGGGUAUGAGAAUGUGCCAUUUGGGCAAAAGGAAUGUCAAAACUAUAUUGAGAAAGCACGACAACUUCGUCUCGGAGUUGGAGGCGUUGAAGCUCUAACUAACUACUUCCAGGAAAUGCAGAAAAUUAAUGCUGAAUUUUUUUAUGCGAUUGAUGUCGGCCCUGACAUGAGGUUGAAGAAUGUGUUUUGGGCAGACGCCCGAAGUAGAGCUGCGUAUCAAUCAUUCGGGGAUGUAAUCACUUUUGAUACCACAUACUUGACCAAUGCUUAUAAAAUGCCAUUUGCGCCAUUUGUGGGCGUGAACCAUCAUGGUCAGUCAAUCCUAUUCGGGUGUGGAUUGAUUUCCAAUGAGGAUGCGAAUACUUUUGAGUGGUUGUUUGAGUCAUGGUUGAAGUGUAUGAAUGACCAACCACCAAAUGCAAUCAUUACAGACCAAGAUAAGGCAAUGAAAGUUGCAAUUGCCAGGGUGUUUCCAACAACUAGGCAUCGCUUCUGUUUGUGGCAUAUCAUGAAGAAGCUUCCAGAAAAAUUUGGGUCACAUUCUCGAUAUGACGAGAUCAAAGAUAGUCUACACAAAUGUGUGUAUGACUCAUUAAGUGAGAAUGAGUUUGAAGAACGAUGGGGCGCUUUGCUUGAAACAAAUGAUCUUCGCGAGAAUGCUUGGAUGGGAUUGCUUUAUGCUGAUAGGCAUUAUUGGGUGCCGGCGUACGUAAAAAAUACAUUUUGGGCCGGAAUGUCAACCACACAACGUAGUGAGGGCAUGAAUGCAUUUUUUGAUGACUACGUUCACUCCCGGACCACAUUGAAACAAUUUGUGGAUCAGUACGAUUCAGCCCUUAGAAGGAAGGCAGAGAAUGAAGCAAUUGCUGACUUUAAUUCAUUUAACACUGAGAUUCCUUGCAUAUCUCACUAUCCUAUCGAGAAGCAAUUUCAAAAAAUAUAUACAAUUGCCAAGUUCAAGGAAGUCCAAGAAGAAUUUCGAGGGUUUUUGUAUUUGACUACCUCGUAUUUUGGUGGUGAUGGGGCAAACUUUACGUACGUAGUUGGGGAUGAGAUUAAGUUAGACAAGAGUGAAGUUCCACCAAAAUACAUUUUGGAUCGGUGGAGGAAGGAUAUAAAGAGACAAUAUGUCAAUUUAAGAAGUAGUUAUGAGGCGACGAGCAAUCCUGAGAAACAAAGGUUCAAUUGGAUCCAGAAUUGCUUCUAUCAACUAUGUUCAAAUGCCGCAAAGACCGAGAGAAGCUGUGUGAAAUUGAUCAGCCAACUAGAACAAUUGAAAUCGGAGUACCCCGAUGACGAUUCAUAUGGUGCUUGUUCCACAGCUGGUCUUGUUACUCCCAUUGAUGGCACAACCAGCAAAGUUCUUAGUCCAUUAGUUGUUCGGAGUAAAGGGAGACCCACAACUAAGAGAAGAACACACCCCGUUGAGAAGGCUCUCAAGAAACCGAGUACUAGAAGGAGAUUGUCCACAACUGAGCAAUCCUCGCUACAUGAUCAAGAAAGCCAAGUUUGGACACAUGGGCCGGAUUUUUUUUGUACUCCCUUGUCUGCUCGUCCACCUCCAAUGCAAGCGCAACCUGUGCAGAUGAAUGACUCGGAUCAGGAUGAUUUACGACAGCCUAGAUGGUGGCAGCCAUGA